AUGGAGCCAGCAGAGGAUCUGCGAGUGGUGAGGGGUCCUGACUGGAAACACGGAGAGGAGGACGGUGGUGAGGGUCACGUGGGGACUGUGGUCCAGGUCCACCGUCGCUCAGACGCCGGGGAAGCCUCGGGUCCUGUCUUGACAACUGAUGGAGAGGGAGUUGCUCGGGAAGUGGAUGAGGUAGCAUCGGCCAACCCAGACACUGGCGAGGUACACAGAGCCACGGUUCAGUGGGACAUGGGCCACAGGGGUAUCUACAAGUGUGGCGAGGACGGCAAGUACGAGCUGAGAAUCUUCGACACAGCACAAGCAGGCAAGUCUCAUAUCGGUCUCGCGCGAGUGCUCAGUAAGUCGGUGACAUGUGAUGGCUGUCGUGCCAGUCCAUUGGUGGGGACCAGAUGGAAGUGCAGCCAGUGCUACGACUUUGACCUCUGUUUCUCCUGCUACAUGAGCAACCAGCACAGCGAAAGCCACAAGUUUGUCAGAUACGACACUGGACAGCUGAGGAGUAUGAUGUCGUGCAGACGUGGGGCCAGGUCGGUAGAGAGCAGGGGUAUCUUCCCUGAGGCUGAGGUGGUGAGGGGACAUGACUGGAGCUGGGGUCAGCAGGACGGUGGCAGUGGAAAUGUGGGUAAAGUCACAUCCAUUACUUGCUGGGAGGAGAAACAUUACAGAGGGUCGGUGGAGGUGGAGUGGCCAGAAGAGGGGGGGAAGAGUUACAGAGUCGGCUGUCAGGGAAUGGUGGACCUGAAGUGUGUGACUGCAGCCAAAGGUGGAAAGUACUAUCCUGAGCAUUUACAAGUCUUAGGGGCUCCUCAUGUUCCUAUGGACAGAUCUGAAUUUGCCAGCUCUGACUACGUGUGUGUGGAGCUGGAUGCAGAGAUAUUUGAGAUGUUGCAGCAGAACCACGGAGGAUGGAACUCUGCCAUGGCUGGGCUGCGUGGAGAGCUAGGAGUGGUCCACUCCAUACAAGACAACGGAGACCUCAGACUCUCGUAUGGACCAAACAAGUGGAUUGUCAACCCUCUAGCUGUUGUAAAGGUCGAUGUGCCUCGCUACCGGGCGGGGGAUGCGGUGAGGGUCAUGGACGACCUUGCAGAAGUUGCCAAACUACAGAAGAACCAUGGAGGCUGGGUGGAAGAGAUGUCAGAUAUUGUAGGUCACCUGGGGUCAGUGCAGGGGGUCAAUAAUGACGGGAAUGUGGCAGUCAUGAUGAAGGCCCGUCUCUUGACAUUUAACCCUCUCUGUCUCCGACGAGCCGACAAGGAAGAGGAACAAGAAGUCUCUAGUUCGGAGAUCCUGGGGCAGGAGACUCCACUGCUGGAGCUGAGACUCCAGGUACUAGUGGAGCAGGAGGACUCGGAGCUCCUGCACCACGCGGCUCUCCUCGGGAACCUCUCCGUCAUCAGAGAAUACCUCGACAAGUAUCCCAAUGAGGUGAAUGCCAAGUUCUCAGGCAAGACACCGCUCCACUUUGCAGUAGCUGCUGGGAAGACAGCCAUAGUGGAGGCCUUGCUGGAGAUGGGAGCAAACAUUGAGAGUGAGGAUGAGGUUGGCUUUAAACCACUCCAUCACUGCGCACUGAGAGCUGAGCUCCCGGAGAUGGCCAGUUUUCUUCUCAAUGCCGGCUGCGACCCAAACUCAAAGUCCCAGUCAGAGCAGACUCCUCUCAUAAUGGCGGCUCUCAAGGGGCACACCAAGGUCCUGGGUGUUCUGUUGAGAUGGCCGGCCACCAGACUCUCUGAACAGGAUAAGGAUGGAGAUACAGCUCUGCACUGUGCCAUCCAUGGCAGGAGGUACCAGGUCCUGUUUGCCCUGCUGGAGGCUGGUGCAGACCCCUCACUCAUCAACUUCAACAUUCUCACUCCCUUACAUCUGGCUGUCCAAGUUGGCUUCUUGCAGGCAGUGGAGAUAAUGGUGAAGAGUCACCCUGAGCAUGUGAAUGUGAGAGAUCAGCAACAGUGUACUCCUCUCCACCUGGCAGCCAGCGAGGGAGAGGUUGAGGUCGCCAAGACUCUCCUGGAUGUGACUGAUUGCAUGGUGGAUGUGACAGCCGAGGCAGGCCACACCCCUCUCCACGCUGCCAUACUAAAGAACCACAGUAGGUUGGUGGAGCUGCUGAUAGGCUACGGGGCAGACCCUACGAUAGCUGAUGAAGGUGGGAGUACUCCUCUUUACUUUGCGCUGGAUAACGAGGACUUAGAUGCCCCUUCCGAAGACACACCAGAACUGAACAAGGUGAAGGAGUUGCUGUCAGAGAUGUCCAGCGGGGAUGAGCUAUCCGGGCAGGUGGUGGUGGCGUGUCUCCUGGUGAGAGAGGGAGCAGACGUGAGUGUCAUUUCUGGCAGUGGAGACACACCUCUGGACACCUGCUCUCCAGAGAUUGCUGUCACUGUCUCCGAGUUUUCAAAGAAAUACGCUGGGAGUGGAAGGUACAGAGGGAGUCUGAGGUAUCCACAGGUGACCACUGACACCAACCCCCCCAGAAUCAGAUGGUAUGAGAAUAAUGAGAAUGUAGCAACUCAAGCCGACCCCAAAGCAGACCUCCAGCCAGUGCCAGUGGGAGGGGACAAGGGGAGGGUGGUGGAGUUGCAACCUGCACCUAACCACCCUCUGGCUGCUGAUGACAUCACUGGCACCAGUGGAGGAGUCAACACCAAGACUAUAUCUCCCCCGCAGCUGCAGACCAGCCCUGCCCUUCCCUCAGCUGAGACUCCAGACCUAUGUUUCCUGUGUGACGUGCCUAUAACAGUCAAGUUUGAUCCUGUGGGUCACUCCCCACUCUGUCAUAACUGCGCCAGGAGAGCCAAAAAAUGCCCGGACUGCAAAGAACUCGAGUGGUGCGAGGUCCUGACUGGUCCUGGAGAGACCAAGACGGCGGGGAUGGGUACCUGGGUACCGUGGCCGAGGUCCAAGUCCCGGGGCAGGCUGACGGCGAAGAAAAGAGUAGCUGUAGCGGAGGGCGUGGGGCGUACCCCCUGCGUCGUGACUGUGCAGUGGGACUGUGGCGGCCGGUGUCGCUACCGCUGUGGCCUGGGCGGAAAGUAUGACCUGAGAGGGUUUGACAGUGGACCUGCAGGUGUGGUCCACAUUGGUGAGGAGUGUUGUGCCUGUGGACUGGACCCCAUCACUGGCAUCAUGUGGAAGUGUGUACGCUGUAUGGAGUUUAGCAUCUGCACCGAGUGCUACAUGACGGGGAAACACGUUCUCAAUCACGAGUUUGAUCGUUUUGUGACUUCUCGGGAGCGAGUGAGGAUGCCUGCACGAGGGGAGUGCAAGAGAAGAGAGAUCAGAGGAAUGUUCAAGUUUGCUGAGGUGGUGCCUUGGUGCGAUUGGGAGCCACAGGAAGGUACAGGAUCUGGUGAGAUUGGUGAGGUAGUGAGACUGUGUGGCAAGAACAAUGACGAUAACUCUAGGGGGUUUGUGGAGGUGGAGUGGAAGGAGAGCAGCCAGAAGACGAUCCACAUGGUGGGACAUAAAGGGAAGGUGGAACUCAAGUGUGUUGAUGCCAGCUCUGGAGGCUACUACUAUCCCGACCACCUUCCUCUCCUUGGAGCUCCCCCAGCCCAGGUGGACCCAGCAGCUGUGAGCACAGGGGACAGAGUCAGAGUGGAGCUGGAGCCUGAGCUCUUCCAGGCCAUGCAGGAGGGACGCGGGGUCUGGAAUGACCUCAUGCUCAAUGUUAUAGGGAAGGUUGGGACGGUGGUGGGUAUUGCUGAGGGUGGAGAUCUGAAGGUCCGCUAUUCGACCGAGAACCUCUUGUGCAAUAUCUGUGCCGAGGCAGUUGUUAAGGUGGGCACACCUCAAUUCAAAGUGGGUGACUUGGUGCGCGUGUCAUCUGACAUGGAAAAGGUUCGGAGCCUGCAGAAAAGCCACGGGGACUGGAGCAAUGCCGUUCUCUUGAUGAUGGGGGAGGUGGGUCGAGUGUAUACAGUCUAUACCAGUGGAGACGUGUUGAUAAUGGGGAAGGGAAAAUCCUGGGUCUUCAACCCUCUCUGUCUGUCCCACGCUGCCGAUGACAAGGAGGAGACCACAGAGGAUAACCCCUUUAUGAAGUGGGCCAAGAUGGACGUCGACGAAGGAGUCAAGUUGGGUCUGACGACCAUGCUGAAGAAUGGCCGGGGAGAGGCUCUGUUCGUGGCCACGUCGCUGGGCGAGGUGGACCUCCUGCGGGAGUUUCUCACCAAGUACCCAGAUAUGGUCGACUUCACCAAUGAUGGACGCACCGCUCUCCACUAUGCUGCCUCGACCGGACUCGCAGAGCCAAUGAAGAUACUGCUAGAGUUCCAUGCCAAGAUUGAGCAGCAGGAUGACACGAGCACACGAGCACUCCACACAAGUGUCUAUCAUGGCAGUGAGGAGACGACACAAAUGCUGGUGGAUGCUGGAGCUGAUGUCAACGCUCAGACCGUAGACGGAUCCACACCGGCCAUGUUUGCCGCCGCUUACGGGAAACCUCGGUCCCUAAAGAUCCUCCUGGCCAGUCCCAACGUAAACACCUCCCUGCAGGACGAGACGGGGAACACGGCGCUCCACGCGGCUGUCUUCAGCCAGAAGCUGGCCUGCAUCCACCCUCUCUUGGCGGCUGGUGCCGACCCCUGCAUGCUCAACUUAAGCCUCCUCACUCCACUCCACUAUGCAGCCCGCAUGGGAUUCCUACCUGUGAUAGAGGCGUGUCUGCAGCACGAGCCGGGGUGUGUCAACAGUAAGGACGGGUCCUCCUAUACCAUCCUCCACUGGGCCGCCUACCAGGACCACCUGGAUAUCAUCACUCUCGCCAUGGAAACGAGGGACUGUGACGUGGACUCUCGGAGUGACUAUGGCCAGACUCCGCUCCACAUGGCCGUGGGUCGCGGGAACACCAAGAGCGUGGAGAAGCUCGUGAUGUACGGGGCAAGUGUCAAUGCAGUCGAUCAGGAUGGUUGCACUCCACUCUACUACCUCACCUCUCGGGCAGAAGGCAUGGAGCCACCCAAUGAGGACUCCCCCAUGACCUACAAGGAAGGAGCCGACAUCCACACGGCCAACCGCAACGGACGCAGCCCCUACCAGAUCCUCCCGUUCCUCGGGACACUCCUGACCGUCCUCGCCGACUUUGAGGACAUCAUUGAGGAGGGAGGUCACCCAGACGGAUCUCCUCUCCUCCGUAUCUCUGACAAACAAGGUGGCCAUGGCGGGAAGAAAGCUCGUGUCGGUCUCUACCAGGAGGGCGGGCAUGAAGACGAAUACAGCGGAGGGGGCCAGCAGCGCACUGUCAUGAUCAUCCGUGCUCCGUCUGGUUACGCAGACGAGGCUACCCACGUGGCGUUCUCAGAGAAGAAAAGAGGGAAGUCGAGUGGUGCUAGCAGUGGAGCCACGCCGUCUGGCGCUGGACGCAGCAUCUACCAGGACGUCAACGAGUCUUACGCUUUCUCAUUCUACGACGACAAUGACGAUGAACACCCGUACAUGUCUGUAGGAGUAAACCUGCAAAGACAACCUCUCGUCAGUCUGCCUCUAACUCUACUGCAUCAUCCACCACGUACUCCACUGCUGGAGCCACUGCUGGGACCACUACUCCCGUGGAACCGACGUCGUGGACCAACCAAUACCAGUGGAACUACGCUUGCUGGACCACUCAUACAGGGAGCCACCGCUUUGGGACACGUACUACCUAGGAAGCCCGUGUUUUACCACCUCACUCCCUCGAGCUCACUGGUGUCCCUCCCUACUACCAGCGGCAUUUUAGCCACUGCGGAGUUUCACGAAUGUAGCACUGGUGGACCGACUACAGCAGGAGCCACUGAGGCCACUGCUGGGACCACUAGAUCCACUGGAGCCACUGGUGCAACAAAUGGUGCCGCAGUAUUUGAAAACUCUGGUGGAGCUACUCCGACAGCCAGUUACAGUGGUGUGGGGUACUGUGGUGGGCAGAGGUCCACUGGAACCAGCCAAUCAGCUUCCACUCAGCCGGCUCCUCCCCCUUCUACCUCCACUGUCUCCGGCCUCACUCCUUCCUCCUCACCAGAUAAUAAUGCAGGUGAUGAUGAUCUUUGUUGCAUGUGUGACAAUGUGGUGGAUGCAAAGUUCGAUCCAUGUGGGCAUGCCACCAUGUGCAGCCUGUGUGCCCCCAAGGCCAAACGCUGCCCACUCUGCAAGACUCCAGUCAGUAGUGUCUACGCAAGUGUUUGUGUCAACUGCCACAAAAGAGAGUCCAAAGUUCGCCAAAACUGUGGCCACUGGAUGUGCAACAGUUGUAAAGAUAGCCCAGUGUGUGCUGGCUGUAAUGCACCUGACUAG